AGAAAAUUGUAGUCGAAUGAGAUUUGAUGAGACCUGAGAUAGAAAUCUGAUAUCUUUAGUAGCAAUUUAGAAUGCCAACUAGUUCUGCAAAAGAUUACAAUGAUAAAGAAUUGAAGAGAAAAAAAAAACUACGCAACUUGAUCAAUAACCUAACCAUACCUGACAAUAAAGAAUAUGAAACGAUAACAAAACAAUUUGUGAUAAACACUACUUCCAAAGACCAUGAGCUGCCAAAUAAUUCCAGCAUUAAUAAUGCUGCUAAUAGUGGAGCAAACAGUAACACGAGAAACGAUGUUCUAAAUAUCCGUAAUAAGGAUUUCGCUUUUAAUGAUAGCAGAAAUUUAAGAAAAAGAGAAAUGAUAACGAUCUUGGAAAAUACUGCUGAUAGUUUUAUUGUCAAAAUAAAACUAAAUAAAGCCAAAUAUUUGCAAUUUGUGAAAUUAAAACCUAGAAAACAAGCAAAGCUUCGGAAAGACAAGGAUGAAAAUCUGGCUACUCCAAUUAACUCUAGUAGUAUUACUAAUCCUAAUGCUAAUGAAAAAAUAGAUAAUAGUUAUAAUCGCACCGAUAAUCAAAACAUAUUCAAUAAUAAUAAGAGACCUAACGAAAAUACUUUUACAUCAAGCUCAAACAACGAAAAUAAUGGUAAGGGCAAUAACAAUGAUGAUGCUAAUUAUGACUCAGAUUCAGAGUAUGAUUUUGACAUCUAUGAAAUUCCCUACCGAGGUGCAUUGGAUUUAGAUGAUGCUAGCACUUCUAAAACUGCUCCAAAUAAAUCAGAUAGAAUUACCUUUACAAAAUCUUAUCAAAAAUCUGAGGCUUCAAGACUUUCAAACACGAAUGGUUCUCAAAUUAGAAAAAGAUCCCAAGUGCUUGUGUCAAAUUCAAUCAAUAGUAGCUCCAAUAAUAACGAUAAUGCUGUAAAUAAUCCUUCUUCUAGCAAUUUUAAUAACAAUAAUAACAAUAUCAAUGACAACAAUGAUAAUACUAAUAGCACUUCACAACUUUCAAGUUUGAGUCCAACACUAAAAUCUAAUGUUAAAAUCAAUACAAAAACCAAGUCAAAAGUGAAGACAAAAUCAGCCGUUAAAUCGAAAUCAAAAAAUAUAAAUCGAAAUGCUGUUUCAGAAUAUAAAAUAAAUCUUAAGAAGGAUAUCCCAAAAAUCGAAUCAAUUCAUAUUAAUAAUUAUGAAAUAGAUACUUGGUAUAGCUCUCCGUAUCCUGAGGAAUAUAAUAAAUUUAAAGUUUUACAUAUUUGUGAAUACUGCUUAAAAUAUACAAACUCAAGUUAUUCAAUGUCGAGGCAUAAAUUAAAAUGUACUUUAAACCAUCCACCAGGAGAUGAGAUUUACAGAGAUUUCGAAAAUAAAAUUUCCAUCUUUGAAGUUGACGGUAGAAAACAUAUGAAUUAUUGUCAAAAUUUGUGUCUAUUAGCCAAAUUUUUCUUAAAUUCAAAAACUUUAUAUUUUGAUGUUCAGCCAUUUAUGUUUUAUGUUUUAACGGAGAUUGAUUUAAAGACAAAUUCUUUUAAAUUUAUUGGUUAUUUUUCAAAAGAGAAAAUGGUUAGUGAUUAUAACGUUAGUUGUAUUUUGACUUUGCCUAUAUAUCAAAGAAAAGGUUAUGGAAAUUUUUUGAUAGAUUUUAGUUACCUAUUAACAAGAAGAGAAUUUAAGUAUGGAACUCCAGAAAAACCCUUAAGUGACUUAGGUUUAUUAAGUUAUAGAAAUUAUUGGAAAGUUAAACUAUCUUUUAUAAUUCGGGACAUUCUAAGACAAUUGUAUUUGUCCAAUCCAAAAAAUGAUUCGAAAAACAAUAAAACUAAUAAUAAUAAUAAUAACAAUCAUAACAAUAAUAAUAAUAAUAAGAGGAAAAAAAAUAAUAACUCUGAUGACAAUAAUAAUACUAAAAAUACCAGCAUUGAAAAUAGCAGCACAAAUUCGCCUUCAAUAAGAAAGAAAAGUCCUUUGAAAUUGUUAUCAACACCAAGUCCUUUGAAAGUAAGCCCAUUAAGAAAAAAUGGGAGUCCUAAUUUAAGAUUAAGUCCUAGAAAAAGAAAAAAUUCACUCAAAUCUCCAUUGAGAGUAUUAUUAACAUCUGAAAAAACCCCUCAAAAAAGACAAAUAAGCACUGAUGAAUACGAAAAUAACAAUGAUGAAUUAUACGAAAAUGAAUAUAUCCGAAUUUCUAUAAUUGAUUUAUGCAAUUUAAGUGGCAUGAUACCGUCAGAUGUUGUUGUGGGACUAGAAGAACUCAAUGGUUUGAUCAGAGAUCCAGUGACAGGAAAAUAUGCAAUAUACAUUGAUGUUGAGACAAUUGAACAAAAUAUUGAGAAAUGGGAAAAAAAAAAUUAUUUAAAAUUAAAUCCAGACUUAUUAUUAUGGAAACCAAUAUUAUAUGGAAGCACAGGUGGGAUUCCAUCAAAAGUUCCUAUCAAUAUUCAUAAUAUAAAUCUGAGUAACUUAAAUUCUGGUAGUAAUAAUAAUAGUGUUGGAGCUGUAAAUAACAUAUCAUUUUUAAUCAAUUUUCUUAAGGAUGACAUUGAAGAUUCCAGGACAUUUGAAAAACAAUCAAUUGAUGAGUUAAAUUCAAGAAUCUCGACAAUUGAAAAAUUGAUUAAAAUUAAAAAUGAAAGAAUAAUUGAUGAGGAUGAUGAGGCGUUUUUAACAAAUAUAUCCACUAUUUCUAAUAGUAUUAAUAUUGAUUCAAAUUCUAAUGUCAAUAGUACAACAAAUAGCAAUGGCUUUAGUAAUGCUGAAACCAUUGAAAACCUUAAUUUGAGCCAAAUUGAGUCAGAAAAAGAUGAAGAAAAAAUUAACCAGUUAAUUAAGCAUUAUGAGAUUGAUCAAGAUAGAAUUGCAUAUAGCAGAUUUGUGAGGUGUUACCCAGGAAUGGAUAACGAUAUCAAUAGUAAUAUUAAUAGUGAGAAAAAUAACUCUUCGCUUAGAAAAAAGGGUAAUAAUCAAUCAAAGGAUAAAACAGUGAAAAAAAAGAAAAUAAUCAUACUAGAUGAAGAAGAGGACUAUGAGGACAUUGCAAACAAUGAGAAUAAUGGUAGUGGCAAGCGAUCUCAAAAUAAUAUUCACAAUAAUGAUGAAAACAAUGAGAGUAACGAAAAUAAUGAUAAUGAGUAUAAUGAAAUUAAUGAAAUUAAUGAUAAAAGUAAUAAGAGACCGAAUUUAAGUGAGGAUAUUGAAAUGGAGACCAUAGAAAAAUCUAACGAGUCAUUAUGUGGUGUUGAAAAGUGUCCUAAAACCUCAAACACCUCAGUUUUGACCAAUGAUCUACAACUCUUGACAAUUGAGAUGAACGAAAAAAAAAUUCACAAUCGAGAUCAAAAGAAAAAGAGAAAAGAAAAAGCGAAAGAAAAUUUAAUAGUUGAUGAACAAGAGGAAAUUCAGGAAACCAAAUCUGCAAAUAAUCAAGUCAUUAACACCAAUGAGAGAGUCAGUGAAAAUAAUAAGAUUGAAAAGAAUAAAGAGAUAUCGCAGCACAAUUCUUCUAAUAUUCAAAAUACGGAUGCUUCUAAUGAUAGUUUGUUGAAGGCAUCAAUGACUGGAGUAAACGAUAGUGGUAUGAGUAAACCAGUUAAAAAGAAAGGCAGGGGGCCUGGGCCUGGAAGAGGACAUAAGGGAAUCAGAAAAAACCAAGCUAUCAUAGUUGAUAUCAAUGCGUUGAAUAAGAUCAGUAAGAACAGACGAAAAAUAAAAAAACAGUAGAGCCUCUGCUGACACCUGAUAGAAGUAAGCAGUAUUUCGUUAUAUAACAAUGCGAAUUGAUGAAAUUAAUGAGAUACUUUGAACGUAGC